AUGGGACACUUCACGAUAAAAGAGAACCAAGGCCGUCCCAAACGGCACUACAACAGGGUUGUUGGUACACAGCUCAUUUUGAUUGUCCUCUCUAUAUGGUUUUUUUAUAAGACCGUUCUGAGCUGGAAUGCCACUUCAAACACACCUCGCCACCAAGAAACAAACCCCCAACCCAACCAAGAGAACCAAUUCACCCUAAUCAAACACCUAUCCCGGAUAAUCUACCUCCUCCCUGACGAAGAAGAAACAAAAGCCCUCCUCACACCCAUCCAAACAACAGGUGAACAAAGACUCCACGAUUACGCCCUCCGAACCCGCCAAUACAAAACCCUCCUAGAAGCCUGGGAAGACCUACACAUAUUGAGCAAGCCAACAACAAAAGAACAAGACCCAACAAUAAACACAGCCCUCCCGCAAAUCCUCCUAACAAGGCCAUCAAUCUCCCAAACCCUCCAAACAACCCCCUCAUCCCUCCUCCACACCUACGAAUCCUACCAUUCAACCCUAACCUGCCUCCAGUCCCUCCUCUUCCCCUGGACAAGCCCCUACUACCCAUCCCACCUGCACCACCGGCACUCCCUGCACCACCCCCCGCACUCCCAACAACGCCGCGGUCUAGUCUUCAGCGCAGGAACGCACCAACUCCCCUUCCUCCUAACAACAAUCCCAGCACUGAGGAAUCUAGGCUGCACCCUGCCCAUAGAAAUAAUGUACCUCGGCAACGAAGACCUCUCCCCAAAAGCACGCGCAAGACUCGAAGCCUUACCCGGUGUGAUAACCCGCGAUAUACGCCUCCUCGUGUCCGACGCCGGGUGGGAAUUAAAAGGAUGGGCGGGGAAACCGUUUGCGGUGUUACUGUCUUCCUUCCGGGAGGUUAUAUUCAUCGAUGCUGAUGCGGUUUUCUUGGUCGAUCCGAGUGUGUUGUUUGAAGAUGGGGAUUAUAAGCGUACUGGUGCGCUGUUCUUUCGGGAUCGGUUGAUUAUGCCUGAGAGUAAGAGGGCGUGGCUGGCGAGUAUUCUUCCCAAGCCGGUUUCUGGGUUGGUUAGGGCUUCGACGCUUUGGAGUGGGGAUAGUGGGCAUAUGCAGGAAUCGGGUGUUCUGGUUAUUGAUACUUGGAGGCAUUUCCUGGCGCUUAAUUUUGUUUGUCGGAUGAAUGGGCCUGAUCGGGAUGGGGAUGGGUGGGGUGUUAGGGGGGUUUAUGAUAUGCUUUUUGGUGACAAGGAGACUUUCUGGCUUGGCUGGGAGCUUGUCGGUGAUAUCGAUUAUGCGUUCCAUAAUGGUAGUGUUGGGACUAUGGGGUCUGUUCAGAGUAAUGGCCCUACGCGCAUGCGUGACUCCAAGGAUUCUAUUCCUGUUCCUUUGGAGUCUGUUGAGGUCCCGUUACCGCGGCAUGAGCAGGCUGUUUUGAAUACUCGACCGAAGGUGUAUACUAUCUGUGCACCGCAGUUGCUUCAUCUUGAUCAUUCUGGGAGACCUCUCUGGUUUAAUGGGUGGCUGUUGCAGAAUAAGUUUGCUGAGGCUGGGAGUGAGCUGCCUGGGAAGUUUGAGGCUUUUGUGCAUGAGGAACGGGGUGAUGGUAAGGAUGGUUCUUCAUGGGAGAUUCAUCCUAGUAAUGUUCAUAAUGCACAGAUUGGUCGUCUCGACGAUUAA